AUGAUGUUAUCGUGGUUCAGCGGUACUGCCAGUUCGACGGGACAGGAGAAGUGCGUCAAACUAGACCUCAUGGGAGAGAAAAAUCGCUACCCGGAUGCGGAUCCGAACUUGUUUACAAAAGUGCCAUACGACGACCGACAGAUCAAGGCCAGUGUUUCCAUCGGCUCGUUGGUGGAAACCAACUCCAUCGACGAUCCUGCAUUCCUCUUCCCCGCUCGUGUGACUGGCCACAAGGUCGUC